UGUCUUUCACAAUACAGCAGCUGCCGGGUUUCGUUUAUCAAGAAUAGCACGAAUUAACUGUUUUGUGUUGUUUUUUUCCCUCCUAAACGCCAUCAAGUUGUGAUGUAGUUGGUUUAAGACUGCUAGUAUGCUGUAAUUUCUUGUAUUGAAUGCGUGCUGUAUGUGUGUUUGCAGUUGAGGAUUAAAGCAGCUAGCAUUUUAGGUUUGAUUUGCUAGUUCACUUCAUAGUAAAGGACGCGCGCGAAGUGUGUGUAUUCUCUCUCUCUCUCUCUCUCUCUCUCUCUCUAUCUUUGUUUGUUUCUUUUAUUUUUUUUACGUCCUGCAUUCUCGAUAGGUAAAGCUGUGCUGCAAACAUAUCCAUAUAACACACAUCACAAUCUAUUUUGUUGCUGUCUUGCUCCCAGUGUGGACUCUUACCCAAAGCCAGUAGGCAGUGAGCUUCUGUGUCCUCCACCCCUGCGCUAUGAGCAGAGGUAGAGGAGGGCACUCUAAAGAGUACCAGCGAUUCACCCCCUCAUCCCAUGAGAGAAAAUCCAAUCAAGGAGUUUACUCCCAAACUUACCCAGCCUACCCCAGAUCCCCUCAAGUCCCAGACCCCUUGAGGAGGUUUACAGAUCCCCCUCCUUACUCACCCACCAGUCCUCCUAGGGCUUCUUCAAGCCGUUCUUCGUGGCCUUUUACGUCUCAGUUCCCUGGACCCUCGCCGAUUCAAGCUCAAAGGUCAUCAUCACAUAGAGGGUUUUUUGGUGACGAAACAGAAGACUUUCGCCAACAGCAGAUCUUGUUCCUAAGGGGGCAGAGUGCUGAGGCACCCAGGUUUGUACCACGCCAGUCCGAGCAUCUCAGCAGUCCUCCCCAGCGUCAAACAGAAUACUUUAGUUUCCAAAAGCCCAGCAGCUACGCAAGAAGAGGGGGUUAUUUUCGAAGCAGAUCAAGCUGGGAGGAAGGGUCUAACACCAGAUACCAUUCAGGACCCAAGUCUGGCUGGGAGCAACAUCACUUAAGAAGCCCGAAUAAUCAGUAUCAGCGUGACAACUGGGUGAACUGUGACACCUCUGGACUGUCUUCAGCCUUUCGUUCCCUGUCACUAGAGAACUUCAGUAGUGGCUCCUCCUCUGAAAGUUCUGGGACGAAGGCUUCCUGUUUCCUUUCUUCAGGUAUACAUGUGUAUCUGACAUCAGAAAUCCAAGAGCAAGUCCUCAAUUCUUUGGCCUCGUUAGAUACAGGUGAAACUGUCCAGGCCAAGGCCUUGGCUAAAAGGUUUAGAUUGCCUAAGAAGAUUGUUAAUCAGGCGCUCUACAGUUUAUACAACCUAAACCGAGUAGUGAAGGUAGAAGGGCCCCCUCCUCUCUGGAGACUGUGGAAGGAAGGGGACGCUGAGUCCACCAACGAGAGAACCCAAUUUAGAGCGAAACCUGACAAGUUUGCUCAGGAUACAUUUACGGAGCAAAACCAGGUGAUUAUAGAGGACGUAAAUCUAGGCAGCAUCUUGACCAGUGCAACAUCAACCACUACAGAGGCGAGCAGUGAUUCCGGUGAGGAAUCUGAAGACUCUGAAAAAGAAAGUACCUCUGAAGGUCUGUACUCUGACCAGGCGGUAGAUACAUUUUUAGCCACUGAAGCGGAAUCAGGUCUUUCCACCACAAUGGAUGGAAACCACAACAAGGAGCAGAUCUUUCAGUACCUCUAUGAUGCUAACCAAGCCAGUGCAAUAAUGAUUGCCAAAAAUCUGGGUUUGCGAUAUGCCAAGCAGGUUAAUCCUACACUGUAUGCCAUGGAAAAGCAAGGUGACAUUUGUUGUAUCUCGGGCAGUAAAGCACCCACUUGGAAGCUGACUGCUCACCGCUAUGAGAAGAUGGAAAGACACAGGAAAGCCGCUGUUGCUGCCUCUAUGAUACCUGAUGCAUCGGGCCCAGUAAAAGCUGCACAAACAACCCCAAACAUGUUGUGUGGAUCUGCGAUGUUGGAGGAAAUGGUGAACUGGGAGAACCUUUCAGCAGGUCAGAAAUGUGACAGCAAGGACGGCAUGUUCGGGAAUGGAAUGCUUGACAAACAGUCACAUUCUGAAAUUGACUCUGUUUUUCCUCUUAAAAAAAUGCUUUUUGAUGAAAAUGACAUUUUGCCAUCUGUUCAUAUCUCAUCUCGUGAUGCCUCGUACUACCAGACAGAAGAAGAGAACGGGGGACAUUCGGAGUGGUCUUCAGACGACAUACCGGAAUUCCUGAACACAAUCCGAUCUGAGGUGGCCGUGUCUCUGGCGGCACCUCUGUCCACAGCCCAGAAUUCAGAGACCAGCAGGUUGCAAAAGCUUAGACUGGCACUCAACAAGAACCCAGUCAGUGGCCUCAUGGAGUACGCGCAGUACCUUGGAUACAACUGUGAAUUCCUCCUGCUUGAACAGUCAGGACCCUCACAUAACCCCAGGUUUCGAAUGCAAGUAAUGCUUGAUGGACGUAGGUUCCCACCAGCUGAAGGUUCGAACAAAAAAGUGGCAAAGAAGGUCGCAGCUGCAGAGACCCUUCGGGCUCUCUACAGGGAACUGGAGGGAAGUGCUAGUGUGGAGGAUGAACCAGAGCAGCCUGCACUGCCAUUAGCAGAGUUGAAUGAUUCGGUUGAGGAUUCUUUUAUGGAGAGUUCGGAGGAGCCACCGAAGGCCUUGUCCCGCUCCCUCCCAGGUGGCAAGAACCCUGUUUCUGUUCUAAUGGAGCACAGCCAACGUAGCGGCUACCCCAUUGAAUUUAUUAAUACUGGGCAGGAGGGUCCGGCACAUGACCCACGUUUCAUGUUCCAAGUGAAAGUCGGAGACAGACUUUACCCGGAGGCGCACGCACCUAGUAAGAAGGCAGCACGGCAACUGGCAGCAGAGGAAGCUGUGAAGGUUCUCCUGGCAGAAGGACAACUGCAGCUCAGCAAGCCGCAGCACACGUUUUGUCCACUCGGCGAGGGUGAUCUGUCCGAGGCAGUGCCCCCGUGCCCAUCGUUGCCCCCGCUGACAGCAGCUGAGCUCCAGGCAGCACACGAGGCCGGGGUUGGCGACCUGAUCAACCAUCUAAACAACAACGCUGUCUCUGGUCUGCUGGAAUACGCACGCUCGCGAGGCUUUGCUGCUGAGAUCCGUCUUGUGGGCCAGUCAGGACCAGCACACGAGCCACGCUUCACCUAUCAGGCAAAGCUGGGAGGUCGCUGGUUUCCAGCAGUUUGUGCCAGCAAUAAAAAGCAGGGCAAGCAGGAGGCCGCUGACGCAGCGCUCCGAGUGUUGAUUGGAGAGGCGGAAAAGGCGGCACGCACCGGAGAGCUUACGGCAGAGCUGCCGGUGUCAGGUAGCACACUGCACGACCAGUUCGCCAUGCUAAGUCAUCAGCGUUUCAAUGCGCUCACCUCUCGUAUUCAGCACAGCCUGUUGGGUAGGAAAAUCCUUGCCACCAUCAUCAUGAAGAGAGGUGCUGACAGCCUGGGCACAGUUGUCAGCCUUGGGACGGGGAAUCGCUGCGUUAAAGGAGAGGAGUUGAGUCUUAAGGGUGAUACCGUUAACGACUGCCAUGCUGAAAUUAUUUCCAGAAGAGGCUUCAUCCGGUUUUUGUACAGCGAGUUAAUGAAGUGUUGGGAUAGUCCCGAUGAAGACAACAUUUUCACGGCCGCAGAGGAUGGUUUGCUCAAACUAAAAGAUGACAUCACGUUCCAUUUGUACAUCAGCACUGCUCCUUGUGGCGAUGGUGCACUGUUCGAUAAAUCGUGCAGCGAUAUAGCGGAGGUCACAGGCUCAGGUCACAUGCCCCUGUUUGAGAAUGUUAAACAGGGCAAGCUCAGGACCAAAGUGGAAAAUGGAGAGGGUACCAUCCCGGUGGAGUCGAGUGCUAUCGUUCCCACUUGGGAUGGAAUCCAGCAUGGUGAGCGCCUCAGAACCAUGAGCUGCAGUGACAAAAUCCUGCGUUGGAACGUGCUGGGCCUGCAGGGGGCGCUGCUCAGCCACUUUAUACACCCUGUCUACCUUCAGUCUAUCACCUUGGGGUAUCUGUACAACCACGGUCAUUUGACUCGAGCAGUGUGCUGCCGAUUGGCCAGGGAUGGCAGCGAGUUAACUAAAAACUUACCUCCUCACUUCACACUUUGCCACCCUGAGGUUGGCAGAGUGAGUGUGUAUGACUCAACACGUCAAACAGGAAAGACCAAAGAAUCCAGUGUGAACUGGAGCCUACCAGACCAGCUCAAAGUAGAAGUACUGGAUGGCACCAAGGGCAAAGUGGACAGUCCAAAGAUGGAGGUGUCCCGAGUCUCCAAGUCCAACAUGUUCCGUCUUUUCCGGGACGUGUGCAGACGGGCCGGCCGGAGCGACCUGCUAACACUGACAUCAUACUCCCAUGCCAAGAUGGCCGCCACUCCUUUCCAGCGCGCCAAAGAGCAGUUCUUUAAGGCUCUGGGUCAGCUGGGUUAUGGAACCUGGAUCGGCAGACCGCAGGAGGAGAAGAGCUUUGAAGCGGAGCAAACUGAGGCUCAGAACUUACUUUUAGCUCCAUAAGGACGAAAGGAAGGAGAGUGUGAGAAAGGAAGUGAAGAGUGCAGGGAAAUCACAGCCGGUCAUGCUUUUAGGCGGUUGAAAGAUGACUGAUGAGGGUGAAUAAAUAAGAGAGAGAGAGACAAUUUUGGAUGAAGGAACGAGUAAGGGCUGAUGAUCUGGUAUGAAACGAUCCACUUCAGGCUGGGAUGGAAAGGGAAAGAAAACUGAGCCAGAAGAAAGCCAGCUCAUGUAUAGCGUUCUGUGGAAUCCUCUUUAAACCCUGUUAUGCACCAAGACCUAUCUGAAGCUCUGCUCUCUCUUUGUCUCUCUUUCUUGUGCUCUCUCUAUUUCAUGGGUGGGGGGGUGUAUAUGAAGUGAUUGAAUUAGAGGCCGUUAUACAAUCUUUUUAUUUAUGAUCAACUUCGCCUGCUGAUAAAAGCUGCAGUAAUUGUGUACCAUUAUAGAUAUUAUAUUACAAACCAAGACAAAAGAAUGCUGUUAGUGCCACAUCUCCCCUCACAGCAAUUAAUGGGCUUCCUCACAGUUCUCUCUCUCUCUCUCGCACCCUCUCACCUACAGAAGACUUGUUUCUGGCUGAAACUACAGACCAAGGAGCUUCAUUAUUUUCUUUUAGAAAACCCCAUGUCUUCUGUGCAUUUCAUUCACAUUCCUUGGAGAACUGAAAGUGACUUGACUAGGUCACUAGUCAGUUUGACCUGAUAUGUCCAGCGUACAUACACACAUUAUAUAUAUAUAUAUAUAUAUAUAUAUAUAUAUAUAUAUAUAUAUAUUCCCAUAGUAUGUUUAUUUCUGCCUAUGGGUCAGCACUGCUUAACUACUUUAAACAACUUGUACACACAGAUUUGACGAAAUGUAUACAUAAUGUACAUACAGAUACAUACACUCACAAAUGUAUAUAAGGUCUCUUCACACCGCGUGCGAGUUUAUAUACAUGUGUGUGUUUAUGUAUAUGUAUAUAUUGUAUGUAUAUAUUUUAUAAAGUUUCCUAAAUUUGUGUCGCAUUUGACCAGCGUCGAUGGAUGCAGAUAUUUUUUGUGACGGAUUAAUCGUCCCUCCAUACAUAUCACGCAUCAUAUUCCAUAUUAUGUUUUGUGAGAAACGCAGGUCAAAAGUUCUUUCAUAAGUUCUGUGAAUGAGUAUAUGUGUGUUUAUUGUGUAUUAUGUCUGGAUUAUUUUUUUUUUUUUGUAAGAGGACACAUUUGUGCUGUCACUGUGACAUACUUAAGUGGAGAUCAUUUUAACUUUGGAUAUGUUCAAUCCCAAAUUCAUAGCUGUAUAAAAUCACUUUUAAUUUGGACAUUUUUGUUUUUACAUUGACUGAUCUGUUAUCUCCUGUCUUUUGUUCCAAAAUAAAUAGUUAAAUCUUA